AUGUCUGACUCCCAGGUUGAUCCCGACCAGUUCACCCGUGCGGGCUGUAUAACACAGAAAUACUACCGCGACGUCUAUUCCACCAUCGAUCCGUCACGGCCAGAGCUGUCCCAGAAAGAUAGAGUAACCAUCGUCACAGGCGCAGGAAAGGGAAUUGGUCGAGCUAUCGCGCGAGCACACGCCCAGUCCGGCGUCAAGGGAUUAGUCCUUAUGACUCAGUCUGCUCAGUCGGCUGAGGAGACGAAAGCAGUUUUGCAAGCCGAAUUCCCCUCUGUUGAAGUGCUGGCUCUUCCCACGGAUAUCACCGAUGAGAAGGCAGUAGCGCAGACCUUCGACACUAUCAAAAACCACUUUGGCGUCGCUCACACCUUGAUCAACAACGCUGGAGUCUUUUCCUCGAUAGCACCCGUUGCCCAAUCGGACUCCAACACCUGGUGGAAAGACUUUGAGGUCAAUGUACGGGGGACAUACCUUGUCACUGCGGCAUACCUGCGUCUGAUCGCCUCUGAGAGCGCUGAUUUUCGGCCCACCGUGGUCAACCUCAUUUCCACCAUUAGCCUCACGCCGCCUGGAUUGAGCAGUUACUUCAUCAGUAAACUGGCUGUGGCCAAAUUCACCGAGUUCAUCACAGCUGAGAACCCCCGGGUCGCCACCUACAGCCUCUCCCCGGGUAUCGUACAUACCAGCAUGACGCUGGAUUCAUUUAAGCCAUUUGCUAGAGACACUGCGGAACUCCCAGGUGCCGUUACGGUUUACUUGGCUGUGAAACGUCCGCAAUACCUCAAUGGACGUCACCUAUCCUCCAAUUGGGAUCUAGCAGAGCUUGAAGCUAAGGAAACGGAGUUGUCCUCGUCAGAUGCCCUGAAAUUAGGCCAGUUAAUCUGA